UGAGCCCAAUACAAUGAGUCGCUGUUGUGGCACUGGAAGAAUUGGCAACUAAUGACUGUCUGGAUGGAACCCACAUUUUUCAAUAAGUAUUCGUUGCUAAAGACUGGAAACGGUAAUAAUAAAGACGUUCAUAUCAUUUAACAUUAUUGCAAAAAAACUCUCUUUUUGAUUUACCGAUAUGACAGUUUUCAAGUACUCUUCACAAAACACACGGCACCGAAGAACAGUUUUGUUUUAAACAAGUUGUGAGCACAGUUAUUUUAACAUUACGGAUAUUUAUGGGACAUUAGUAGUUUUGUGGUCGCGAUGUCUCCAAUUUUAAUUCUCUUGUUAAUCACUGUAGCAAGUGGUGUUCCAAUAAAUAUGGUCCAGAAAGCAGCAGAUAACGACUUUGAGAAACUUGAUAAUUAUUUGCCGAAAGUUGGAGAUUUCCCCAAAUUUCAUUAUUCUACCUUUGGGGGAAACACCGGGAGUGAUGAGGAAUUAACCAACGUGAUUGAAUUCAAAAGCAAGGAAAAUGCUAAAAGUUUGGGGAGUGUUAUGGACUUUGUCAAAGACGGUGCGUCUGCUGGCGUGGACUUGCUAAAAGACGUCGGCAGUGUGAUCAUAUCAACUUUGCACCCUGAAACCACGACGGAACAAGAAACUACAACGGUACCAUAUGAAGCCACCACAGAAUUGGAAAUUACGACAAAAAAUUUUGAUCAGUUGGAUCCAGUUUUUCUGGAAAAUGUUGACGACAAUACGAAUCGAACAAUAAGACAAGACGGCGACGACGACAAUGACGUGGAAGUCGAUAAAGACAAAAGUAACGAUAAAGAAAAAGAAAGCCAGGAGAGUGAUGAAGAGGAGGAAGAUCAGAAUAUGAUCACUGGCCUGCUUUCGGCGUUUUUGAGCGGAUUAAGUCGACCCGACGGUAGUGUCGACGUUGAGGCAAUUACCGGACUGUUGGGAAGUCUCAGUACUCAAAACCCUGACGGUACUUACGAUUUCAACGGCUUGACCGAGCUUUUGAUGAGCUUUUUUGGGGGAGGAGGCGAGGAAGGGGGCGGUUCCGACUUUGGUGCUUUUUUAGGAGGUCUACUUGGAGCUUUUAUUAAAGGAGUCGCCCAACCUCCAGGAGCGAAAGGAUCUGGGAUUUUCGUUGGAAACCUUCUAACAGGAAUUUUGCCAGCCUUGAGUGGACCGGCACCCACCGAGGAGGGCCAGACCGAGAAGCCGCAGCCCCCUUUGGACUCCGGGGGCUUCCUGGGGGGCCUGCUCUCCUCGAUUGCCGGAAGCAGCGGCAGUUUCAGCGCUGGGAGCAGCGGAGGCAAUAAUAACGCCAACGGCGGGGGUGGCGGCUCCAAGUUUUCACUUUUCAAGGCGAUUUUUUCGAUGAUUACGUCAGUUUUUUCGUCAUCUUCGGCGGCACAUUAGACAUGUGGGGCUGUACUUUUUAAUAAAUUAUUCCCAAGUGCAAUUAAUCAUUUUUUUAUUUAUUGAUUGAUGCUGUGAAGUUUUUAUUUAGUCAUGAAUAUGGAACAUAAAUCUACAAUAAAUAAUAUGUUGAAUA